UUGGACAGUAUGGGUGGCAUCGAAGAGUUACGCGAAGAAAUUAGAGAUCUCGUUCUUUACCCUCUGCAGUAUCCAUCACUCUUCAAACACGUUGGUGCUGAACCGCCAACUGGCGUUUUACUGCAUGGCCCACCAGGUAGUGGGAAAAGCAUGCUCGCACAAGCCAUUGCUGGCACGCUUAAACUAGGAGAUAUUCCGACUUUUUGCAUUGCCGCACCUGAGAUCGUGUCCGGAGUUUCUGGCGAGAGUGAAAACAAAUUGCGUUCUUUGUUCCAGGAAGUCAAAAGUCGGGCUCCCGCAUUGUUGUUUUUCGACGAAAUCGACGCCAUUUUACCGAAGAGAGACCACUCAGACCGGCAAAUGGACCGACGUAUUGUCGCCCAAUUUUCGCACUGUCUGGAUGAGUUGCGCAGAGAAUCCGUGUUGGUGCUAGCUGCUACGAAUAGACCAGAGAGCAUUGAUGCGGCGCUGAGACGGGCUGGACGGUUUGAUAGGGAGAUCGCUAUGGGAAUCCCAAAUUUGGCGUCCAGGGAGAAGAUGCUCAGCAUUAUCACUAGAGAAAUGCGUUUGGCUAACGAAGUCAGUUUGAGGGAGUUAGCACGUAAUACUCCAGGCUAUGUGGCGGCGGAUUUGGUAGCAUUGACGCAAGAAGCAGCACUCAGUGCGGUCAAACACUUCUUUGCUGGGAAAGAACGAGCUUUUUUGGAACUGGAGAAUAAUAAUAAAAAGGAAAGCGAGGUGGAAACUACUAGCAAAAUGGAAUCUGCGAGCGUAAAUGACAAAGACAGCGUUGGUGAGCAAGUGAAAACAGACGACGACGCGGCAGCAUCCGAUGCAAAAGCUGACCAGCAGGACGACGCUUCCGAUAUCGAAGACAACAAAGCAGAAUCUGACGACUGCAAAGAUCAACUAUCCUCCAACAAGGAUAGUCGUAAAGUAACCUUUGAAUCUCGAAACGACUUUAACCUUCCACCAACUGCGGCAGACGAUAGCAGCGACAGUUCGGAUGACAAUGUUGAGAUGACUUCUGCUGGUGUACAGGACAAGGAACAAUCUGAGGUGGAAAUAAAAGCUAAGACAUCUAUAUCUAAGACCCACGAAAAUAUGGAAGACGUCGAGGAGGAGCAAGCUUCUUCAUCUUCUAUUAAGAAUCCUACGACCACCACGGUAGCAAGUGUUUCUUCCGCUUGGAUGCGUGGGUUCGGUAUUUCAGAGGAAGAGCUUGCUCAAGUUUGGAUCUCCUCUCGCGACUUCAGUGCCGCACUUAAAAAAGUCCAACCAUCUUCGUUGCGCGAGGGUUUCGCGACUGCGCCGGAUGUUUCCUGGGAAGACGUUGGAGGUUUGAUCACUCUACGGGAAGAACUGGAACUCGCGAUCAUCGAACCUAUUCGCAAAGCCGAUUUGUUUGCUUCUUUAGGCCUGAAUACACCAGCUGGCGUGCUACUCUACGGUCCUCCAGGUUGCGGUAAGACCCUAGUCGCAAAAGCCGUCGCUGCUGCAGCUAACGCGAAUUUCAUCUCCGUCAAAGGCCCUGAACUUUUGAACAAGUACGUCGGCGAGAGUGAACGUGCAGUCAGAUCCGUGUUUCAGAGGGCAAGAACGAGCUCUCCUUGCAUCAUAUUCUUCGAUGAGUUAGAUUCGAUGGUGCCGAAACGUAGUUCUGAAGGGAACAGUUCGCAAGAACGAGUGGUGAAUCAGAUGUUGACCGAGAUGGACGGCAUGAACACUAGACGAGACGUAUUUGUCAUAGCAGCGACGAACAGACCAGACAUCAUCGAUGCAGCAAUGUUGAGACCAGGACGUUUGGACAAGUUACUCUAUGUGCCUUUGCCAGACGAAGCAGGACGAAAGGAUAUUUUGGAGUCUUUGACACGGAAGAGUCCGUUGAAUAGAGGCAUUUCUA